CGCGAAUUGGGUAAAUGCUAACACGACCAAUUAAACGAAAGCAAAAGAAAUGCGUCCGUAUAAAUAGUAAGCUUGCAUUAAAUUAGAGAAAACUCUUUAAAAAUGACAAAACUACCACUGAAAUGAUAUUAACGCGAUUAAGUCAAAUAAUGAAAACUCCGUGGCAACUGAUAAGUUUGUAGGAACUGUAUGUAAAAUGUAAGAAAAUUGAGUAUGAAUAAAGGUUUCGCUACAUAUUCGCGACGAUUGAAGUAAUUGCGUGCGUAAAUGAAAUUUCUUAAAUCACGAAUGUGGAUUGCAAAUGGCACAUUAAAAUAACUACUCAAAGUAAUGAUAUUUGGAAGAUAAUAUUAUCGCGAGCAAAAGCAAAAAUUGGAAAAAUAUAACUUAUGUGGAAUUCUCAGUUAAUCAGUAGAUCAUCUAACGCUGUAAUAAUUGAACGGAAUCAUAACUAAGACUAGAAUAAUUUCAUACAGUUACUUCCCAACUUGCUUUUAACCGUGAUAAAUGAAAAGAAAUGAAAUAAUUGCAAGUUAAACCCAAUGCUUGCUUGGCUUGUGUAUCUGCUGUGAGUAAUUUAUGGUUGGGUGCCUUUGAAAUGGUAAAAAGUGUUACGUUGCAAAUUUUGAUUUUAAGAGCUAAGCUUUGAGUAGUUACUAAAAAUGCAAAAACAAAUAAUGCACUGAGCAAAUAUUAAUAUAUUCAAAACCAAAACCGGGUAUAUUCUCUGGAUGACACACAAGUUUGUGCCAAUAACGCAAAUAAUUUAAGAUAACAAAGUUAAAACGCAAACUUGGCAAAUAAUUUCGCUAUUCAACGAGGUCCAUAGUGCUAAUACAUACAUAGUAUGGGACAUUUUUCCGGCAUUUUUGUGCAAUGAAAUUUUUCAUCAGUUACCUGUAUUUUAAAAUGCUCAAUAAAAGCUUUGAAAGCUGCGCAUAGUAAAAACCAACGUUAAGGCAACUUACGCAUUUACGAAUGCAAAAUUUAAAGGUUCACAUACAAACCGAAAAGCAAUAAACACAAAUAUAAAACAACAUAAAAUAAAAAUAAUAAUAAAAAAAAAAAUAAUAAUAAAAUAAAAAAAUAAUAAAAUAAAAAAAAAAUAAUAAAAAAAUAAAUAAUAAAAAAAAAAAAAAAAAUUAAAAAAAAUUAAAUGUAUGGAAACGAAACCCCUUCAACAACACUCAUAAAUAAAUCAAUCAACUCAAAUUCUUUUAUACACCGUCUUCCGUACAAGCGAGUGCAAAUUUCAAAGAGGAGUGAGAAAAGAAAAGCACAUCAUCAGCGCUGACAUCAGCAGCUUCCAACUCAUCAAUGCCACUAGCAGUGAGGACUCAAAGCAAAGCAACAACAAUCGUCUGCUAGCAAUUGGCAUAAAUUACUUAAGCAAAUAAAAUGUGUUGUGUGUAGCAAAGCAAUAACCGAAACGGCGACGUCGUUAAAACGCGGAACAUUGGCUGGUGCACAUUUGAAUUGCUUGGCAAAGUUAAAAGACACCACUUGAAAUUAAAUGCAUACAGCUCUUGAGCGUCACAGCAGCGGUAGCAGGCAGUCAACAGCCGUGCGCCAACGGCAAAUAGCAAAAAGUGAAGGAGUAAAGAAGAACAGCAGGCAACAGCAAUAGUGAAAUGUCAAGUGUUGGCAACACGGCUAAUUCGUGGUGUUGUCAUUAGAAAUAUAUAUAACACUUUAGCAAAAGAAAAAGAAAAAAACUCAUUUAAAAGUAAAAGUAACUAAAAUAGCAGUAAACAACAAAAACAACCACUUGCAUGCACAGAUAUCGAAUAAACACAAAUCAAAUCGCAUUAGCAUUGUAACGCGCUCUCUAGGUAACCAAACAAGUGGAAUUCUCGUCGCGCGUGCUCAAAAACCAGAAGAAAAACGCGCUUUGACGCCAACGUUGCGCUGCUCUCUAUCUUCUUAGCCACUAUUCAAAUUGUAUUGACGCUCUUUGCCUCCAGUUUGCUCUCUAUUUUCGGUGGUUUCGCAUUUUUUUUGUUUUUCGUAUUUUGUUGUAUUAAUUUUUCUUUAUUUUUUUGUUUGUUUGCGUUUCGUGCGUUCUUCUUUGAAUGCUCAACCACACUGCCAUGGUGGCCGAUAGUGAAUUACAGUUACGCGAUUUCGAUGGCGAAACCGAAGACUCUGACUCUGAGACUGAAUUACUCAUACGCCACAGUGGACGCGGCCAACAAGCGAAACGCGGGAGCAUUGCCACCUCGCGCUACUAUCUCCAUGAUUACUCAACAUCUCAGCCGACGUCAGCGGCGACAUCAUCGUCUACCAGCAGCAAAACGACGACGGGCUUCCUCAGCCAUUUGUUUGGCAACACAACGAACAGUCUUGGCCGCGCUGCCGGGCAAGUACGUCUCAGAAAUGAACGUAGUCGCGAGCGCGAUAAAUACGCAAGAACGAAACAGCAACAACAACAGCAAGCAAGAACAACGGGACAUAGUUUUGGCGGUUUCGAUACGGGAUUGGGUACGUCUGCGAAACUGGCGAAAUUGGCGCAGACAACGCAAACGUCGUAUCGCGGUAGCGGCGGUGCGACAAGUGGGGUGGACGGUGUGUCCGGACACGGUGUCACAGAGUCUGUAGCACUUGGUGUGCGUAGCCAAAGUGGUGGUGGUGGUACUCAUAAACGUUUUGAGGCGACAGGCGCCACUGUCGCUGCAAGUGAAAGUGCUAGCGGGGGUGGCGGUAUUGGUGGUGGGGCGGGUGUUGUGCUACAGCAAACAGUAUUGGAUGCUGAAAACGGUUCUACAACCGUCUAUUACCAGAAGAAUCGACGACGCAGUAAACGCAGAUCUUUGGCGAAUCUCUGCAAAAUGUGCCUGUGCGGCUGCUGGCGUAAAUGGUUUUCGCCACGCGAGUUGCGCGCGCGCACCGUCCAUUUGGGCCGUGCGACUACAGAAAAAUUCCCACCGAACGAGAUACGCAAUCAAAAAUACAAUGUGAUCACGUUCCUGCCGCUCGUGCUCUUCGAGCAGUUCCGUUUCUUUUUAAAUCUCUAUUUUCUGUUGAUGGCAUUGUCACAAUUCAUACCCGACAUACGCAUUGGCUAUCCAUACACCUAUUGGGGUCCACUCAGUUUCGUGCUAAUGGUGACGAUCGGUCGUGAAGCGGUCGACGAUUUGCGGCGACAUCAACGUGAUCACGAGGUGAAUUCACAGAAAUACAAGAGGCUAACGGUAAACGAGACGCCAGGGUACGAGAUGGUGCCCUCCUCGAAGCUGAAAGUAGGCGAUAUGAUAAUUGUGGAGAAAAACGAGCGGGUGCCUGCCGAUUUAGUGCUCUUGCGCACCAGUGACAAGAGUGGUUCUGUCUUUGUGCGCACCGAUCAACUGGAUGGUGAAACUGAUUGGAAACUACGCUUGGCAGUGCCGCUCACUCAGAAGCUGAACAAGGACUCGGAUUUGUUUCAUAUUGACGCGAGCGUUUACAUUGAGAAGCCACAAAACGAUAUACACUCAUUCAUAGGGACCUUCUCGAUGCAGGAUGGCGGUGAGGAAACCGGCCUCAAUGUCGAGAAUACGCUCUGGGCAAACACAGUUGUUGCUGCAGGCACAGCCACUGGCAUUGUGAUCUAUACUGGCUGUGAAACGCGUAGCGUAAUGAAUAACUCGCAGCCGCGGUCAAAAGUUGGACUGCUCGAUAUGGAGAUUAAUGGUCUAACGAAGGUGCUCUUCUGUGCCGUGCUCGGCCUCUCGCUCGUCAUGAUGAUGCUCAAAGGUUUCAGUGGCCCCUGGUAUCGUUACAUGUUCCGCUUUGUGUUACUCUUCUCUUAUAUUAUACCUAUAAGUUUGCGUGUUAAUUUGGACAUGGGCAAAGCCUUCUAUUCGUGGCAAAUGCAAAAUGAUCCUGAAAUUCAAGGCACUGUGGUGCGUUCGACAACCAUACCCGAGGAGCUGGGACGUAUAUCGUAUGUGCUGACGGACAAGACCGGCACGCUGACACAAAAUGAAAUGGUCUUCAAGAAGAUACAUUUAGGCAUAGUUUCACAUGACAAUGAUACAUUUCAUCACAUCGGUCAGAUAAUACAAACGCUAGCGCCCACAAUACUGGCACAAAGUGCACCAGGUGGUAGUGGUGGCGGUGUGGGUGCUAGUGGCGGAGCCGGUGAACAGCAGCAGCCAACUCUAAUUAUUUCAACCAAACCGAUGUAUUCGGGUAAUCGUAUGCGUCAUCCGGAGGGCUGGCGUGAGUGGGAGGCGGUAAAAGCGUUGGCGCUUUGCCACAAUGUCACACCGAUCACCGAUGAGGAUGAUAACAAAUCGGUGUCCACAUCAUCGACUUACACAUCGUCAGCAGGUGGUUCCACUUCGCCUACAAAAUCUGUGAUAAACGUCGAAUCGAGCGCCACGGAGCACCAGUAUCAGGCCUCGUCACCAGAUGAGAUUGCGCUGGUUAAGUGGACCGCAGAGGUUGGCUUGACGUUGAUUGCACGCGACAUUAACUCCAUGACUUUGCAAAUGAAAACUCGGAAAACCAAAGGUGAAUCUCAAGAUGGUCUACUGCAAUUCCAAAUUCUCCAGCUCUUCCCCUUCACCAGCGAGAGCAAACGCAUGGGCAUCAUUGUGCGCGAUUCAGGCUCCGGCGAAAUCACCUUCUAUCUCAAGGGCGCCGAUGUCGUCAUGUCCUCCAUUGUGCAGUACAACGACUGGCUGAGCGAAGAGUCGGGCAAUAUGGCGCGUGAAGGCCUGCGCACCUUGGUUGUGGCCAAAAAAGUGCUCUCGGAGGAGCAGUACAAUGAUUUUGAGACACGUAUUAGUGCGGCACGUCUCAGCGUCUCUGACCGCGUAGCCAAAGUGGCUGCUGUGAUUGAGUCGUUGGAGCGCGAAAUGGAGCUACUCUGCUUGACAGGUGUUGAGGACCGCCUGCAGGAAGGCGUACGUCCUACACUCGAAUUGCUGCGCAAUGCCGGCGUGCGUGUAUGGAUGUUGACGGGUGACAAGCUCGAAACCGCUUGCUGUAUCGCGAAGUCAUCACAGCUAAUUGGCCGCAAUCAGGGUCUGCAUGUGCUGCGCUCGGUGACGACACGCACAGAGGCACAUGUCGAGUUGAAUAACUUCCGUCGCAAACAAGGGCACGCAUUGGUUAUUUCGGGUGAAUCGCUCGAAGUUUGUCUACAAUACUAUAGACCAGAAUUUCUUGAGCUCGCCACCGCCAGUCCGGCGGUCGUAUGCUGUCGCUGCAGUCCCACACAGAAAGCACAAGUCGUACAGCUCAUUCAGCAUCAUACGGGCAAACGCACCUGUGCGGUGGGCGAUGGUGGUAACGACGUCAGCAUGAUACAACAGGCCGAUGCUGGUGUGGGUAUUGAGGGGCGUGAGGGACGACAAGCUUCGCUCGCUGGUGAUUUUAGCAUACCACAAUUCUCACAUAUUGCCAAACUGUUGUUGGUGCACGGACGGCGCUCGUACAAACGUUCAGCAGCGCUCUCACAAUUCGUCAUACAUCGCGGUCUGAUUAUAACAACGCUACAAGCGGUCUUCUCCGCUGUAUUCUAUCUCAGCUCGGUGGCGCUGUAUCAAGGUUUCCUCAUGGUUGGCUACUCGACGCUGUACACAAUGUUUCCCGUAUUCUCUUUGGUGCUAGACCAGGAUAUCACAUCGACUACUGCUGUCACCUAUCCGGAGUUGUAUAAGGACCUGUCGAAGGGGCGCAGUUUGAGCUACAAGACAUUCUUCAUCUGGGUGCUAAUUAGUAUAUAUCAGGGCGGUGUGAUUAUGUAUGGCGCGCUUAUACUGUUCGAGGAUGAAUUCAUACAUAUUGUGGCGAUUAGCUUCUCAGCGCUCAUUAUGACCGAACUGAUAAUGGUGGCGUUGACGGUGCGCACUUGGCAUCGUCUCAUGGUAUUAGCUGAGCUCUUCAGCUUGGCGCUCUACUUGAUUUCGUUGGCUGUACUGCAUGAGUAUUUCGAUUGGGAGUUUAUCUGGUCGUAUGAUUUCCUGUGGAAGGUCUCCAUCAUUACGCUUGUUUCCUGCUUACCGUUAUAUAUUAUAAAAUUCUUGCGCAAGAAGUGCUCGCCGCCAUCAUAUUUAAAGUUGUCGUAAAGAGACGCGAAGAAAAAAGAGAUGAUACGUUUUUACGCACUCAAUAUUCGUUAACAAUUUCUUCCUCUUCUUUUUUUUUGUAAUAUACCACUAAGCAAUUUUAGCUUUAAGUUGACCCAUGUUGUUGUUAAGAUCAUUUAAUUUGCCUUUUAAGUUUUAUAGAUAUUUUAUACAAAAAAAAAAAGAAGAAAAAUAUGCAUUUGAAGAGUCAACUAAUUUUGUAAGAAAAUAAUCAAUAAUGCUUGCUUGAAAAAGUGUAUAGCAAAGAAAAAAAGCUCGUAUUUUGUUUAACCAAUCUCAGCAAUUCUCUUAUAUUAUUCUGCUGAUAAUAAUUUUUAUGUUUUAUGGCGGAGACACCCUGGUCUUCGGCCGAAGUCCAAUUGUAACUAUUUUCAUUGCUCCUUCGCCUUAAAUGAUGAUUGUGUUAUUGUUAAACAAAUUUUGUGUUUAUUUUAACAAAAACAGAAAAAAUGAAAAGAAGCAAAAAAUAAAUAUGUGAAAAACACUUCCUCCUGAGUCGCUCAUACUUCGUAAACAAUUCUGAAAAGCCAACAGGCAUGAGUGAGCUCUUUCUAUAGAGAAAAAUAAAAGUUGAAGCAAAAAUUUGAAGAAUUUGUAAGAUUAUAUAAAUCAGACUGUGUUGUUAGUUGGUAAUGUAUGUACGUCGUAGGUGACUUUUAAUAAUAAUUCAUAAUAAAUGUAUUAAAUGUAAUAUUGGCAAAAAUGUGUAUUGACGACUGGCAAGCAAAAGUGUCAACUAUUUUCAAAUCAGUGUUAAUAUAAGAGAAUAUAUUGUUAAUUAAUUACAUAAAUUAGGUUAGUUGCAUUGCAUGAGGCGGUAAGAAAUCGAAAGAAGAAAAGGUUAAAUAGUUACGAAGCAAAUAAAUAAUAACGAGUAGUGACAGACGGCAAACAGUAGUUGCGAACAAAAUUUAAAUAUUUUUUUUUUUUGUUUAAGUUAAACGAGUGGCUUAUGCAGCAAAUUACAGUUAAGUAUUUAUAUUACAAAAUGACAUAUACACAAGUAAAUAAAUCAAAGCAUUUUAAUUCACAAAACUGUAUAGGUGAGAGUUGAGCGAGCGUCCCAUGCACAACUUGCCGGAGUUGAUUAAGUUGUUCAAGCAGUUGAAGAAAAAUCAAAACUUAACUUAGUUUGUUUUGUACGUCGUUAGCGCGAAGUGGCUUGCAAAAAAUGCCGCAUUUGGCGUUAAAACAGAUGGUGAAAAGAUGUCAAAGGUGAGCUACUUAAUCGGGUCUGUGCGAAACUGAUAGACGGCUGACGUCACUUGCGGUCACAAAGCAGUUUGUUUACGAAAAAAUGUGUGUUAGUGAUAUACGAACAAAAUUAACCAAUGACACUUCGUUGUUGUCUGAGCAACGAAUAAUUGGCCGAGUGUGUGAAUAUGUGUGAAAUGAUCGUGCAGCACUCGGCUGCCGAAUGCACAAGUGACGUAGCAGUCAAAGUUCCCCUCACCAUUUUUUUUCACGAUAGCAAAAUAGCAAACCUGCAAGAAUGAUAGAAUACCAGGUUUGCUGUUGUUGUUGUUGUAGCAGCAUAAAAAUUUCCCCAUACUUACAUACGGUGAAUGCUGCUGGAGUGACAGUCCUUGGCCGGAUAUAAAUCCGGGUCGUUUCGGUAACGUAGAACCGACUGUCAUGGAAACGACCAUGGUGGACCAGGUUUGCUCGUUAGGUACGGUGAAAAAAAUUUUUUUCAAGGGGAACUUUGGAUUCUACGUCACUUGGCCUGUGUGUUGUUGAUUUGUUGAUCACUACCACAAUGAAUUGGCCAUCCGUGGAUCAGCGGCUCCCCGCACAAGGGCCAGAGCCAAUAAUCGGAAUCAGUUCCGCAGGAAUCAUGAAUUGGAUCAGCGAUUAUGUACGCAAUCUACAUAAAGAGCGAUGGUCCGGUCUACAUAGAAUGCUGCAGAACUGCAAAGUGUUUUGUGACAGAACUGCGUGUUUUGUGACAAGUCCGAACAGAAAACUUUCAACUAAAACUUGGAAGGAAAGACGUUCCGUUGAUGGUCGGUAUCAUUAUAGGACACAACCCAUGGGGUCAGCAUAUGACCACCAUUGGAAUCAUUGAGGACCCAAUGUGCCUGUCGUGCUUAGAGGAGGCGGAUAGCACUGAGCACUUUCUCUGUCAGCGUCCUGCCUUUGCUAGAGCACGGCUACGAGUUUUGGGUUCCGAUGUCGUAAGAAUGAGUAAAGUUCCUUCUCUAAAACUGGGGGAUAUUUACAGAUUUGUCAAAGAAUCUGGAAAAUUCUCAUAGGACUAACUAUCUCUAUCUCUGUCUCUAUUCUUUCCUAUCUCUUUCUCUGAUACUUUUCUCCUUCCCUCCUUGACUAUCUACCCUCUUUCUGCAGCUUUAAAUACGAUGGUCUUUUUAGCCUGAGUGUUUUAGGAGCCACCAAAUCUCCUGGUGCUCCUUGGCUCGACCUUUUCCAAUUUCAAUUUUCAUCACAAUCUAAAUUUUGUUAAAAACAUCCCAAGUGACAUUCAGUACAUCUGUUAAAUUCGCUCAGAGCCGAAUAAUGGUCUGCUACAUUGUAAACCUUUAGAAAUCUUUUCACCAUGGCAAACCUGCUAAUCUAUCGUCCUUGGAAGAAACACUCGAGAUUUUUUCACCAUGACAAUUCGUCGAGCCGCACUGCAUUCGUGGCUCGUGAACAUAUGACUCUGUGCUAUCGCAGGCUAUUUGACUAAAGUGAAAAAACAGCCCUGGCGUGUUCGGGCCAUAGAAAAGAUUCAAUCUAAUUCGCUGCGUUAUCUGCGGGUCGUUUCCGAAAUAGAGGUUAACAAUUGUUUCGGGAGCAGGGAGUAAAUGUUGUUAUAAGUGAAAAAGGCACAGUGCUCUAGACAUUGCUGCGCACCUAACACCCCUCUCCCUCUGGACUCAACCUGCCGAAACAGCACGUUUUCUGGGUCUAUCGUUAGAUGAGUUGGCCGAAGACGAUCGGUGACUACAUCGCACUGACAGGGUUUAGUAAGCUGCUACAACCACAACAACAAGUGAAAAAGAGAUUACUUUGCAACAAGGCGAAUUCAUGUGAAGGCAAAGACGAAUUCAUUAAAGGUGCUGGCACUAGACCAACAACAAUGUUUUGUGCGCUUGAUUGUCAAAGUAAAGUAUUGGCAAAGUAGAACACAAAUAAUGAAUUCGCCUUGUGUCAUUCUGGGCUGACAGUCACAUGACCGCGGCAAAAUAAAACACAAAUCAGCUGUUUUACCAAUACCACCUUUAGUGGAUUCCCCUUGUUGAAGAUAAAGUUUAAUAAUUAAUCAAUCAAAAAUCAAUUUAUUUGUCGUGUUCAAAUUAUUUAAAAACUUUCAUAAUAACUUUUGAAUUUAAAUUCAUUACAAAAUUGGACACCUUUUUUAAAACUUUUUGUGGGCUAUACGUGUCUGGUCUUUUUUCGUCCUGUCCGAGUAUCCUUUUUCAAAGGUUAUGCCCAUAAAUCGAAAGAAAAUUAAGUUUCAGAAAGCUACCUGGAAGCUCGGGUCGUUAGCUAUAAUAGAAAUAUGUUAAAUUAACGCCCAAGCUCGAAAAACUCUUCUGGUCAGACCAGGGAGCCCAACGAAGAGUAAAAUUCAUUACAAAAUUUCAAUUUUCCAAUUACAAAUUUAAUUGCAAGCCGGGUAAAUCUAUUUAAGGUGAUAGCAGUAGUACAAAAACCAAUUUUGUUUUUGCUCUUUGAGCUCAAUUGUCAAAAUGAUUAUUUUUAAGGCGAAUUGGUUGACUAAAGAAAACCAAUUAUAAAGAAAAGUAAACGAAGUCUUUCGAGUGAUUUGUUUACAUUUUUCGAAAUAAUUUAUUAGUACAACUUUAUUAUUAGUAAAACUUGUUCGCGGACUUAUUAUUUACUCUUGGGCGCUGAGCAAGAAGUAAAGCCGUUGUGAUUUGCAACGGCGGAGGAUAUGGAAUAGCGUCCGACAACAAAUGCUUCCUUCCCCCAUAUUCUCUCCCUUUCUCUGUAAAUUCCGUGCAACAAGCUCUGCUCCACAUAUUUUUUUUUGCUUGUUUGGAUGGAAUGUCGAAUAAGAAUUUUCACUUCAUUUUGACACAUUUUUUGACAUAAGUGCCAAAGGCGAAUUAAUCAGCUGUUCUACUGAUAUGACCUUCUAAAGAUACGCCGUGAACGUAAGUAAUACGUUUCGUAAUCCAAUUUUGUGCUGAUAUCCGAAUGCACACGGCGAAAAAAAUCAGUUGGCCGACUGCUAUAACCUUUAAUGGUAUUGUUGUUGUUGUAUCAGUUUACUAAUUUCUGCCAGUGCGUUCUAGUCGCCAUUCCUCAUGUCUAUCUCAUCUCAACGGUAGGCCCAAGCAGCCGGUUCUACAUACCGCCAUGACUCCCGACCAAGGGAUGCCGCUCCAGUAAACUAAUCCUGUCUAGCCCUGCUCUGAACCCAUCACCUUGCUUUGAACCGGUGAAAAAAUAUUUGAAAAAUAAAUAAAUAUUGGAAAAUUUAUAAACAAAGUCACUUAUUGUAUUCCAUUACAGUAAAAUAUAUGAGCGGCAGGCUAAUCACCUACCCUGUCAGAAAUCAAAAUAGAUAAACGAAACCAAUGAAACACUGAGUCUUGUCGAGGCACUAUGGUCUCGAGAGGAGUGAGCAAGGAAACAAAAAAAAAAAAAUAUUGUAUAUGAGUAAAAAGGGUCCAAAAACAAAAAAA